AGAGGAAACUCGUUCCGACAGAUGCCAUGGUUUGAACGAAGUCAUGUCAAAAUACGUGGCAGGAGUUUGAAUAACCGAAUUUCAGACAAAGAUGUGUUCUUAAUAGCAUCAUCAAAGUAACUGUCGUGAUAAACGAUGAGCCCAUGAGAACUCUGUUGUGAGAAGUUGACUCUUCUCAAUAGGAUCAUGAGCUCAUCAGAUGGUAAUGGUCCAUCUGUCAGAAUACAUGAGGAUCACUUGAAGCAAGAAGAAGCAAACAUGAAAAAGUUAUCGCUCCGAACUCGGAAGAUUAGUACAAGUGAUGAUUUGGAGAAACAGGGUCUGCUGAACAUCCGAGCCUUUCUGUUCCUUGUGCUGUGGUACUUCUUCAGCUUCUGUACUUUGUUCUUGAACAAAUACAUCCUGGCCACACUCAAGGGCGACCCGACAUUGCUAGGCGCCAUGCAGAUGGUGAUGACGACGGUGCUGGGGUUCAUACAGAUGUAUCUGCCCCUGGGCAUGUACAAGCCCGUGCAGAGGGAGGGCAAGCCACCCAACUUCUGGAGGAACAUGAUCCUGGUGGGAACCAUGAGAUUUUCAACAGUUGUUCUGGGACUGGUAGCCCUCAAGUUUGUGGCCGUGUCCUUCACAGAGACUGUGAAGAGUUCUGCACCCUUGUUCACAGUGAUUAUAUCACGAGUCCUCAUCGGAGAGUACACUGGCCUUUAUACCUUCCUGUCACUCAUCCCCAUCAUGUUCGGGCUGGCCUUGUGUUCAGCCUAUGAACUCAGUUUUAAUAUACAGGGCUUCGUGGCAGCUCUGGCCACCAACUUAACAGAGUGUUUACAGAAUGUAUAUUCAAAGCUUCUAAUAAGUGGUGAAAAAUAUAAAUAUACGCCUGCUGAGCUCCAGUUCUACACAAGCAUAGCAUCUGUGGUGGUUCAGAUCCCAGCGUGCUUUGUAAUGAUGGACCUCCCGGCGGUGCGGCAGUCCCUGGACUACACAUUACUAUCUACACUUGUUCUCAAUGGCAUAUUCUUCCAUUUUCAAAGCAUCACAGCAUACGUCCUCAUGGGAUACAUUUCACCUGUUACUCACAGUGUCGCGAAUACAGUGAAGAGAGCAUUCCUGAUCUGGUUAUCUGUGAUAACAUUCGGUAACCCGGUGACUAUCCUCAGUGGUGUAGGGACCAUCACUGUUACGGUUGGUGUGCUGUUCUACACUAAAGCCAAAGAGUAUGACUCCAACAGACGAGAACACAUAGCCCAGUAUUCACGGACACCUGAACCAGUGACCAAGGAAGUUUGAUGUUAGUAGCUGGCUAGACUCGAAUGCCUCAUUCAUUCCACAUCCGUCACCAAGGAGACAGUGUUGAUGAGGAGAGGCUGAUGUGUUGUUUCAUGCAUGGCAAACUGAGGAUUUCCACACAGGGAUCAAAACAUUGUGAAACAUUGUUGCUGAAUUUAGCUUACUGGCGGCAAGCACCAAGUGUUUAGUUACUUGUUUUAAAGGUUUUACAGCCAUUUGAUAUAGGCCUGAUGGAGGGUGCUCUGACACAGCCUCCUGCCUCAAUUAGUGGAAGUAACUGAUGCCUUAAAACUCAUAUCAACAUGAAAAGACUGUCCAAUGAUUUAGUUUAGGUUUCAGAAAUAUAUUGAAUAUGUUUUUUAGUUCAAGUCUAGAAUAGAUUAACAGCAGGUUUUGUAAGAUAAUUUGUCCAGAUUCAAGAUUCAAGAUUCAAGAUUAUUCAACUGUGGUCUUUCUUGUCUGUCAUAGGCAUUAAACAAUUCAAAUCCCAAAGAACCCAACAAUAGGAUUGAAAUAAUUGUUUUCUGUGCGUUUCUGGUUGGAAUAAUGCAAACAGAACUUCAACAUACUAGUCCAUCUUGGUAUGUAAUUUGUGGAAUGUGUUUUAUGAAUGAUCAGGGUAUUUAUUGUACCACUCUCUCUCAGAGUUUGGAUUAUGUGUCUCUUUAAAUCAUGUCAUCAAGAAAUAUAUUCUGCUGCCAUGUAAAUAACAACAAAGACUUUUUUUUACCAUUACUAUUUUUAGUAUAACAGUUGCAUUUAUUUCCUUGUAUUGAAUUAUUAUUGUAAAUAAAUGAAGUUUGCAGGGUAUCUGCAUGGCAUACGGUUCAUGCAACUUCUGUUGGUCAGUAGCGUGGAGCCUGCAUGUCCAUAGCAGUUCUCAUGCUGGCUUCACAAUCUUCAUGAA